AUGUUCUGAUAGUGUAUGUCAUCAGCCGAACACCGGCGGCGUGGGUUUCUCUUGUCAAUCUGGAAACUGUUGCUGUUCCCUCUGUUUAAGAAAAGAAUAGCAAAUUACCAACUGCUUGAGUCAAAAUGACGGAGCGGAAAGGAACAGCAAAGUUGGACUUUUUGAGAAAGAUUGAACAAGAGAUCCAAGAUAAGUGGGAGAAAGACAGAGUGUUUGAGCAUGAUGCACCAACGACAAUUGGGGAAAGCACAAACAAAAACAAGUAUUUUGUCACCUUCCCCUAUCCAUACAUGAAUGGUCGGUUGCAUCUUGGACACACCUUCAGCUUGUCAAAAUGUGAGUUUGGUGUUGGUUACCAGGCUCUGAAAGGCAAGAACUGCCUUUUCCCAUUUGGACUGCACUGCACAGGAAUGCCAAUCAAAGCCUGUGCAGACAAACUGAAGCGAGAGAUGGAGCUUUAUGGAAACCCUCCACAGUUUCCUGAUGAGGAGGAGGAAGAAAGGGAGAAGCCCCAAACAUCUGAUGAAAUCAUCAUCAAAGACAAAGCCAAGGGAAAGAAGAGUAAAGCAGUGGCGAAAUCAGGGUCUGCAACCUUCCAGUGGGACAUUAUGAGAUCUUUGGGCCUAAAAGAUGAGGAAAUAGCCAAGUUUGCUAAUGCUGAACACUGGCUGGAGUACUUCCCUCCUCUGGCUGUCAAAGACCUCAAACAGAUGGGAGUCAAGGUGGACUGGAGGCGUUCAUUCAUCACUACAGAUGUGAACCCCUUCUAUGACUCCUUUGUUCGGUGGCAGUUCAUCACAUUGAAGGAGAGAAAAAAGAUUAAAUUUGGCAAAAGGUAUACCAUAUAUUCCCCCAAGGAUGGUCAGCCAUGCAUGGACCAUGACAGACAAACAGGAGAGGGAGUUGGACCUCAGGAGUACACUCUUAUCAAGAUGAAGAUAGUUGAGCCGUACACUGCAAAAUUCAAGUCUAAAGUCUUUUAUAGCAGUGGCAUGAAAGGCAAAAAUAUCUUUCUGGUAGCUGCCACCCUGAGACCGGAGACUAUGUUCGGGCAAACUAACUGCUGGGUGAGGCCUGACAUGAAGUAUCUUGCCUUUGAGACUGUGAAUGGAGACAUUUUCAUCUGCACCAAAAGGUCUGCCAGGAACAUGUCUUACCAGGGUUUCACCAAGGAGAAUGGAGUGGUGCCAGCGGUCAUGGAAAUACUGGGACAGGACAUCCUUGGAUCUGCUCUGAGUGCUCCUCUGACUUCUUACAAGAUAAUCUACGCUCUGCCAAUGCUCACCAUCAAGGAAGACAAAGGUACUGGAGUUGUUACCAGUGUACCUUCUGAUGCUCCUGAUGACAUUGCCGCUCUCAGGGACAUCAAGAAAAAACAGGCCCUAAGAGAGAAGUAUGGAAUUGAGGACAAGAUGGUGUUGCCCUUUGAGCCGAUCCCCAUCAUAGAGAUCCCAGGCUAUGGGAACUUGUCUGCUCCUUCGGUCUGUGAUGAACUGAAGAUUCAGAGCCAGAAUGACAAAGAGAAACUGGUCGAGGCCAAGGAAAAGGUCUACCUUAAGGGAUUUUAUGAAGGGAUCAUGCUGGUUGAUGGAUAUAAAGGCCAAAAAGUCCAGGAUGUCAAGAAACCUAUUCAGAGGAUGAUGGUGGAGAAGGGUGAAGCCAUGAUCUACAUGGAGCCCGAAAAACAGGUCAUGUCACGUUCAGCUGACGAGUGUGUUGUGGCCCUUUGUGACCAGUGGUAUUUGGACUACGGAGAUGCAGAGUGGAAGCAGCAGGCCAAUGAAGCCCUCAAGUCUUUGGAAACAUUUUGUGAUGAGACCCGAAGAAACUUUGAGGCAACCUUGGCGUGGCUGCAGGAACAUGCAUGCUCCCGAACCUAUGGGCUUGGAACGCGGCUGCCUUGGGAUGAGCAGUGGCUGAUUGAGUCUUUAUCAGACUCCACUAUCUACAUGGCAUACUACACUGUAGCCCACCUCCUCCAGGGUGGAGUGCUUAAUGGACAGGGAGCCUCACCACUGGGCAUCAAGCCGGAGCAGAUGACCAGAGAAGUAUGGGACUUUAUCUUCUUUAAGACGUCUCCAUUCCCGAAGACGAACAUCCCCAAAGAGCAUCUGCAGAGACUGAGGAGGGAAUUUCAAUACUGGUAUCCUGUAGACGUCCGUGUGUCCGGCAAAGACCUGGUGCCUAAUCAUUUGUCGUACUACCUGUACAACCAUGUAGCCAUGUGGCCGAAAGACAGUGGGAAGUGGCCUCAGGCAGUGCGAGCCAAUGGACAUUUACUGCUCAACUCUGAAAAGAUGUCCAAAUCAACUGGAAACUUCCUCACUCUGAGCCAAGCCAUCGACAAGUUCUCUGCAGACGGUAUGCGUCUAGCUCUAGCCGACGCCGGGGAUACGGUGGAAGAUGCCAACUUUGUGGAGACCAUGGCUGACGCUGGAAUCCUGCGCCUUUACACCUGGGUGGAGUGGGUGAAGGAGAUGAUUGCCAACCAGAACAAUCUGAGGACAGGACCUAUGGAUACUUUUAAUGACCGAGUCUUUGCCAGUGAGAUGAAUGCAGGCAUCUUAAAGACUGAACAGCACUAUGACAGAAUGAUGUACAAGGAGGCUCUCAAGAGCGGCUUCUUUGAAUUCCAGGCAGCCAAAGAUAAGUACCGUGAGUUGGCCAUUGAGGGCAUGCACAGAGACCUUGUUUUCCAGUUCAUUGAGAGACAAACUCUGCUGCUGGCCCCCAUCUGCCCCCACCUCUGUGAAUAUACAUGGAGUCUGCUGGGCAAGUCUGGUUCUCUGAUGAAGGCGUCAUGGCCCGUGGCGGGUCCAGUUGACGAGAUCCUGAUCCGUUCAUCUCAGUACCUCAUGGAGACGGCGCAUGACCUCAGACUGCGACUCAAAGCGUACAUGCUACCUCCCAAAAACAAGAAGGGUGACUCAAAGCCCCCAGCAAAGCCCUCUCACUGCAUGAUCUAUGUAGCAAAGAGCUACCCUCCAUGGCAACACAGUGCCUUAUCCCUGCUCGGCAAACACUACAAGAGCAACAACGGAGUCCUUCCCGACAACAAGGUGAUAGCAAGUGAGUUGGGAGCACUGCCAGAACUGAAGAAGUACAUGAAGAGAGUAAUGCCCUUUGUAGCCAUGAUCAAGGAGAACCUGGAGAAGAAUGGGGCCAGAGUUUUGGAUCUGGAGCUGGAGUUUGAUGAGCGGGCUGUGCUGAUGGAGAACCUUGUCUACCUGACUAAUUCUCUGGAGCUGGAGCAGAUCGACAUCCUGUUUGCAUCCGAGGCUGAUGACAAAGUAAAAGAGGACUGUUGCCCAGGGAAACCGUUCUGUGUUUUCAGAUCAGAGCCUGGAGUGUGUGUGUCCCUCAUCAACCCCCAGCCGUCUAACGGCCUGUUUUCUACAAAGGUUGACAUCCGUCAGGGGGACAGCAGAGACAGCGUCAUCCGUAGGCUAGCCAAGGUCAACAGACUCAUUAAAGAUUUGUCCAGAGUGAAGCUGAUGAGGUACGAGGACCCCGUGCUGGGGCCUCGCCGGGUGCCCGUCUUGGGACAGGAGGAGCAGGGCAAACUGCCCAUUUCCAACAAAUCUGUCUUCAGCAUCAAUCUGGAGGAGAAGAAAAUCACUCUGGCUGACAACGGCCUCACGGUGGAUGUUGGGGACACUUUGGUUUACCUGGUUCAUUAGAGUUAACAUCCAGAUACACACAGAGGCAUAGCAGGGCAGUUCAGCGGUGAAUAAGGUGUAAAAUGUUGAAAUAUAUCAUGACAUUUUGCGAGAAAAUGGGUUAUUUUGACACUGCUAAUAAUUCCUUCUUUUACAGUAUUUGCUGUAUAUAUGUUCAUUAUUAUAGUCAGUAAGCGGUGGAAAGGAAGCGUGAACGUAUGUUUUUUAUUAUUUAUGUUCCUAUACCCACACCAUCUGCUACUGCGUGUGGUGUUAGAUUGGACAGAUAUACGGCUCCACACUGUUUUGCACCUUUUCACUGCUGAAUGCACCCACAGGAAAUAUGUGAAGCUAAUGGGACCUGAAAAGUUUUGACUAUUUUUUUUUCCACUGCAGGCUGUCACAGUCGCAGUACAUUCAGGCCUAGGUUUGGUAUGAGAAGGCUGGGUUUUCAUUAAAUAAAUCAGGGUAUUUAGCAGUAAAACGUAUUCUUAUUCAUGUUACGGUUGUAUGGUAGAACAGCAUAACCCACAUACAAUUCCUUUUCACCGUUUGUCAGGUUUGAUUGUACGUCAGUCUUCUUCCUGUGUCACAGCGCACACAAUAAAUGAGAUGUCUUUAUAAGAUAACUUUAAAUAAAGUUCUGAGGAAAGGCAUAAACAAACAUCUGCGAUUAUUCUGCUUUAUCACUGUCCGACAUUGCAUUUUUUUUUAUUACAUUAUGAGACCGCACACAUAUCUUGUUGUUUUCAUAUAGAUGGUAAUGUGUCUGCUGUGUUGUUUUAUAUGUCGAAGGUGAGCCAUAUAUAUUGUUCCCUCCUGUUUUGUCAGACAGGCCUGUCAGACAGCAAUUCUUAUUUUCUAGCAGGGGACGACGCUUGUCUGACUUGUGUUUUUUCUUCUUUUUUUCAGAGAAAUAACUAAACCUUUGAAAUAUUCA